UUUGAUUUUAAAAAAAUAAAAAAAAAAUUGGAUUCUUGUAAUCGAAGCCCGAUGCAGUUCAUUGUUUUGAAUAGGCCCAUUAUUCACUCCCACUUUGCCCUCGUCGUAUCACAACACAACUUGGAUUCCAGUCGCAGCACUCAACUCGCCGGAAAACGCAACCAGAGUUCAUCGUCGGCCACCACAAACAAACAAGAUUAGAAUCAAACAAGUAUAUGAUGGCUGGUUACAUUGUUCGACGAGUAUUCUCAUGCCGGAAUUUGUUUCGCCUCCCAAACUCUGCUCUACAUGUUUGUGCAAAUUCCCCAAUUAAAUGUUUUGUAUCUGAUGAUACAACUAGAAUCUUCACUCUUCCGGAAACGCCUAAUUUUAUUGUAGAAAGUCGAAGAACCUUUGCCAAAGGCCGAAAGUCAAAGGAUGAAGGAGGUGUUGGUACAGUUGAAGUUCCACCAAAUGUUGGCCCUAAUAUUAAGGCAACUGCUGCCUCACAGAUGGAGGCUGCAGUGGCCGCACUAUCAGCUGAACUAAGCAAACUCAGAACAGGAAGGGCAUCUGCAGGAAUGCUUGAUCACAUUAUUGUAGAAACCGGUGGUGUGAAGAUGGCUUUAAACCGAGUUGCUCUUGUUUCAGUCCUCGAUCCAAAAACCUUAUCUGUCAAUCCUUACGAUCCAGAGACACUUAAACAAUUAGAGAAUGCCAUUGUUUCAUCUCCGUUGGGAUUAAAUCCUAAAACAGAUGGUGAUAGAUUGAUUGCUGUCAUUCCACCAUUGACCAAGGAGCAUAUGCAGGCUAUGAAUAAGGUGGUGACUAAAUCUUGUGAGGAUACUCGGCAAAGCAUUAGAAGAUCUCGACAAAAGGCAAUGGAUGCCAUUAAGAAGUUGAACUCCGUACUUCCCAAGGAUGACAUAAAAAGAUUGGAAAAAGAAGUUGAGGAUUUGACCAAAAAAUUUAUAAAGACUGCGGAAGACACAUGCAAGGCGAAGGAAAAGGAAAUUACUCAAGGUUGAGAUAUGUUAUUGCUAGACUUGCCAAAAUAUAACUGCUCAUCUCAUUUAAUCUGCUAGGGCCUGAAAUUUUAUGUGGUCUACGCUGAGUAUCUUUUAUGUAGUCAUUAUAUAUUUAUAUAUAAAGACUGUUUUGAUAUGCUGGCAAUUUUGAAGAUAAAAUAGAUGAAUCUCUCACUCUCAACAUGUUAGUUUGGAGCUGUCAAAUGAUGCAAGCUGCUGUGUUGUAUUUGAUCAAACAUCUUGUGUUUAUGGAAACUGUUUGUUAGUCCAAAUUUGUGCAUGUUCAGCUCAAUUGUCACAAUGUUGUGUAGAGAUUUUAGUGAGGGAUAUAAACUACAACUAUAAGCCAACAAUCAAGAGUUUUUGGUAGUAAUUUUUUUUGGCUUCAAGUAUAGUAUUUUAUCUGCUUUGUAAGACUUAAUUUUAGAAUUGAUUGUUGCAUUCUUGCUGUCUAGAA